AUGAGGCAUAGGCUUACUGCCGUUAUAACUGCUUUAGUUACAUUAUCAGCUUCGCUUCAAAGUGUUUCAGCUGAGAAUAUUCUUUUCUUACAAACGCUUGCAUCCAGAAGCCACCAUAUUUGGAAUAAACAAAUUUUUGAUCGGCUGUACGAUAAUGGACAUAACCUUACAAUUCUAUCGUUUGAGCAAGAAACAUCUGUUCCCGGAAAAACAUUUUUGGUUGUUGAAGACUUCAUGAAACGUGUGAUGGCCGAGUAUGAAAACGGAUGGGAUAACACUGACCUUCGCAGUCCUUUCAAGAACAUCAUGAUGAUGUAUGAAUACUAUGGAAUCAGCAGUCGAAUCUUGGAAAAAGACGAAGCUAUCCAGCAGCUGCUGGCUUACCCCAGAACGUUCAAGUUUGAUUUAAUCAUUCACGAUUUUACUAUGGGCCAAUUUCUUUUGGGAUUUGUGGAAUAUUUCGGCAAUCCACCAUUAAUUUCAGUGUCGGCCUUCAAUAUUCCUCCGCAUGUAACAAGCAUGGCGGAUGCACCUCUACGAACAACUUAUAUGCCGCAUUACGCUUCCUGUUUUGAUUCUAAAAUGAGUUUUGUCGAGCGAAUCAAAAAUAGUCUGUAUUGGAUGGUGGAUAUAUUCGUGCGUAACCGAGUGUAUAUGUUCAAUGAAGACCGUCGUGUCAAACGACUUUUCGGAAAAGAGGCCACAUCUGCCAAGGUUAUCGAAAGACGAUCUGACGUUGUGCUGGUAAACGCCGACUUCAGCAUGGACUACUAUCAGGCAUUACCUCCCAACGUGAUUACUGUAGGUGGGCUUCACGUAUCCCGCAAAGAAAAUGUUCCUCCUAUAAUUAAUCAGUUUAUAGCACGUGCUAAUAAGGGAGUUAUACUGCUCAGCUUCGGAACCAACAUAGGAAGUGAUAUGCUUGGUGAAACAAUUAACCAAGCUAUCCUAAACGUAUUUCGUAAUAUGCCAAAUUACGGGUUCAUCUGGAAACAUGAUCAACCGGAGAAGCUCGGCAUUCCACCACCGAAUUUACUAAUUCUAAAGUGGGUUCCUCAGGCAUUUAUUCUGUCAAAUAAACGUACGAAACUCUUCAUCAGCCACGGAGGACUAUUGAGUCUGCAGGAAGCUACUUGGCACGGUGUGCCCGUUGUUGCACUUCCUAUGUUUGUUGAUCAGUUUUCAAACGCCGAAAAGCUCGUUAGAGCCGGAGUUGGUACGGCUCUGCCACUAGUCGAGUUAGAUGAAACUAAACUCAGUAAUGCAAUCGCUAAAGUACUCGACGAACCAAGUUUUUACACGAAAAUGAAGGAAGGGUCGUAUCAUUUCAAAGGUCAACCACAACAUCCGUUAGAUCGUGCCAUAUUUUGGAUCGAGAAAGUCAUCGAAAACAAAGGAUUGAGCUACUUGCGUUCUCCUGCUCAUGAUAUGAGUGUACUAGCAGUUUAUGGUUUGGAUAUAAUAGGAGUGUUACUUUUGGUGAUCAUCACUUAUUACAUACUAAUAAGGAGACACUUUAGAAAGAGACCAACUCCGACGAAUGAAAAGAAAUCCAAAAAAGAAUAA